AAGACGUCUGCGGGUGAAGGAUGAGUCUCUUACACUUGUUAGGACUUUGUGUUCUUUGUGGCUCAGAGGCAGCAGCUGGACUUCAUCCUAAUGAUCCUUUGCUGGUGGUUGCCUUAGAAGGAGAGACUGUCAUUUUACCAUGUGGCACAUCUCCUAUUCAAUCCUGCUCCUCGAUUAACUGGAACAUGGGAGGGAAGUUUGAGAGGUUUGAGGUGGUGAAGGCUGGAGCGGUGACUAAAACUGUUCACAGACAUAAACUGAUGAGGAACUGCUCCCUGCAGAUUGCUGGCCUGCUGCUGAGUGACGCACAGCUUUACACUUGUGACAGUGGAAAGAUCAAUUCAAGUGUUUCACUUAAGAUUCUUCAGGUAACUGAGAAGGCUGACCCUGCAACGGGAACAAUAGAGCUCCACUGUUUCCUCAGCAGUUACAAAGGAUAUGAGGCCUGUGACAACAGCACGGGAGUACAUAUCAGGUGGAGCUCUGAGGAUGGCUCACCACUAAAUGGAGACAGAUUCAGGUUUGACUAUCCAUCUCACUGCUUCUCCAAACUGAUCAUCGCUAAAAAACCAACUGACCAUCGCAGGAAAUGGAAAUGUCAUCUCACUCACGAUCAUGUGCUCACAGUCACCAGUUACACAACAACAGUAAAAGAUGGCCUGGAGGAAGUGGUUGCUGCAGUGGGUCAGUCCGUUUCGCUGUCUUGUAACACUUCCUCUCUGGAUGUGGAAGUCAGUGUGGAGUGGACUGUGUGUGAAAACCCUCUGACUGAUCGGAACUCACCUGACUGUGGCCAAAUAAGGACAUCUCAUGAGAUGAAGGAUUCAUCACUGGUCAUUAGUAAACUGAAAGCUGUCCAUGCUGGACAGUACCAAUGCUCCGAGUCCGGGGGUCAGCACAGGGCGCUCGACAGAAUCAGGCUGCACACUCUUGAUGUGGUUGCAGCAUCUGGACCCGGAGGAGAUAAUCUCACCCUGAUGUGUGUGCUAACAUGUGCUACACAAUGUGAAAAAGAUUUCAAUUUAACGUGGUCUAAAAGGAACCACAGAGGCCAGCAGAGCGAAUUAAUAGCUGUCAACAACACCUUAGUGAGGACGUUGUUUCUCCCUGUCGGAUCAGUGGGAGAUGAAAUGAUGUGCUCUGCGUACAGAGAGGGAGCGCUGAUGGCAUCCAAGGAGUGGCAGGAGGUUAACUCUCUUCAGACUCCAGCAUGGUUAGCACUUCCAGUGGGCCUCCUGAUAUGUGCUGCAGCAGGAGGAAUCUACAUAUGCAUGAAGAGGAGGCGCAAGAAGGCUGCAGCAAAGGACUCACCAAGUAUUGGAAUGACUCAUGUCUACGAUGUGAUCCAAGACAAUGAUGAGGAACAACAGCAGUCAAGACAAAGACAAGAAGCAGGCCAAGCCACAGAUGAUUUCUAUCAUCUAUUACAGCCUGUGAACUAAAUGGAAAUAACUAGGGUUUUGUAGACCUCUGCUUGAAAUAGCAAAUCCUCUUGUAACAAGAAGAAAUAUUUGUUGACUGACAUUUACAACUUCCCUUAUUAUGAUCAACAUUUUUCAGAAAUGAUAUGACAAACAUUUCAUUCGUCCAAUUCAGAUGAUUACAUGCAAUAAUACAAGACUCCUAAGAGACAUGCUGCAUGUUACACAAACUGACUCUGUGCAACGAGGAUCUUCUUUUUCCAGAGGCGGGAUAGAACAUCUAAUAGUAAACUGUGAUGAAGAAGAGAAAAUGAUUUUAGUUCCAUGUUUCAGUCCAGUAUGAUUUCAAAGACCCGUGAUUAUGACUUUAGAUGUGUACUCACAGGUAUUCAUCUCUUCAUCCUCAUAAAGACUGCUGACGCGAUAGUUUGCAGGAUCUGGAACAUUUUAUUUACAACUUGUCAGUGAAAAUGUAAUCAAACAAAAAACAAAAAGAAUAAAACUGCAAAAUGAUCUUAGAAGUUGACAGCAGGUGUUGUUUGACUUCGAGAUGAAUGCAGACAAAAAAAAAAAGAAAAUGUAAUCAAACAGGUGCUUUGAUCGGGUGCUUUGAGCAAAAAUGAAUACUGGGACUUCUGUGAUUGAUCACAAUCAAUAAUACACAUUCACAGUUUGUGUGACUGCACCUGAGUGACAGCAAACUUGAGUUAUUAAUACAGACGGUGGUAAAUUAGUUCUGAUAACGGACAAGAAAAAAGAUCACGGUAGUGUUUCUGACUCGGACCCUUCCUGUGUGGUGUGACCAGUGCGGCGAUUUUAUCUCAACUGACUGAAGUUUCUUUGCACAGCCGAAAGACAUGGGUUCAAAUAGUGACUCAUUAUUCGCCCUGUGACAAUCUGGUACUUACAAAAAAAGUCAUUAGGCAGCCUGAGGACUGGUCUAUCUUUUGUUUCUCUUCACCAAACACUGUCAUUAACUGUGCUCUUACUUUUUUCAAUGGCUUAAGCUCAACUGUCUGUAAGGCUACACAGGGGAGUUGUUCUAUGAAGUCACCCACAAGGUCUCUGUUGAGUUUUUCUUUAGUUUGAGUUAUGCCUAUGUAAAAAUAACAUUUCCAUAAAUCAAAUGUAUUCACAAAAACAGAAUGAGACAAAGUCAACUUGAAGACAAUUAAGUGGAGUUCCCAAACUUGUCCCGGCCCUGGACACAAUCUAGACCACUGCAGCUGAGUAGACACUGCGGCUUUAAAAAUACAGAAGACCGACUUGCAAGAAUGAAUCAGCACUUACAACUACAAACCGUGGCCUCUGAAUAUGCACAGUAUCUUCUGUUCGGUGGUUUAUGUUCUAAUAAACUUCAAUCGAAGAAAAUAAUUUUCUGAAAUGUCAUUGUGAGAUGUUUUCUUCAAAUAUAAUCUCAACAUAGACUGUUUUAAUUAAACAAAAAUUGUCAUUGAA